GAAUUUAUGACACAACACUAAGAAAGAAGAGAAAGAGAAAAAGACCACAAAAUGAUGUAGAAAUUUUGCAGAAUAAGACAACUCACCAUACCUUCCAUCCUAACAGGUCAAGCACAAAUCACACCAACACCAUUGCACCACUCCCUUUUCUCCUUCUUCUCUCCCCUUUUUCUGUGCACAAAACAAACUAAUUAUUCUCUCUCUCUCUCUCUAUACCAAUACUUCUACACACAAACAUGCAACUGUGCAAAUCAUUCAUUCUUUCUGCUAAAAACUUACCCACCCACUUCAUUUUUUCCUCAUAAAUUUAGUCAUUCUUCACCCUCUAAACUCAAUUUGAAAGUUCGAGUUUUUCUUGAUUUUCGUGGCGUUUGAGCAUCUGGGUUUGUGGGGAAUUGCUGCAUGAUCAUGCCACCGGUUAUGAAGGAUCCGUUGUUGCCGUCUCCGGCGAGCGCCGACGAUGCUUCUCGGCGAUCAGCACCGGAGAAUCGGCGAUUUGGUGAUCUUAGAGGCUUUCGGUGGCGUGUAAAUCUUGGGGUGUUGCCGUCUUCGUCCUCAACUUCCAUUGAUGAUCUUCGCAGGGUCACCGCUAAUUCUAGAAGGAGGUAUGCUAGUUUGAGAAGGCAUCUUCUGGUUGAACCAAAUGUUUCAAAGGAUGGAACUAAUUCACCCAAUCUUGUCAUGGACAAUCCCCUUUCACAAAAUCCAGAUAGUACAUGGAGUCGCUUUUUUCGCAACGUAGAGCUGGAGAGAAUGGUUGACCAGGAUUUGUCACGUUUAUAUCCAGAACAUGGCAGUUAUUUUCAGACAUCAGGAUGCCAAAGCAUGUUGAGACGAAUUUUAUUACUGUGGUGUCUCAGGCACCCAGAAUCUGGUUAUAGACAAGGGAUGCAUGAAUUACUUGCACCUCUGCUUUAUGUUCUCCAAGCUGAUCUGGAGUGCCUUUCAGAAGUUCGGAAGCUUUAUGAAAAUCACUUUACAGACAGAUUUGAUGGCCUUUUAUGUCAAGAGAAUGAUCUUUCUUACAGCUUUGAUUUUAGAAAAACUCCAGACUCUAUUGAGGAUGAAAUUGGUUCUGGUGGAAACGCCCUGAAAGCCAAUAGUCUUGAUGAACUUGAUCCUGAGAUACAGACCAUUGUAUUACUAAGUGAUGCUUAUGGAGCUGAAGGUGAGCUAGGCAUUGUUUUAUCCGAGAAAUUCAUAGAACAUGAUGCAUACUGUAUGUUUGAUGCUUUAAUGAAUGGGGCCCAUGGUUCAGUUGCAAUGGCUGAUUUCUUCUCUUCCUCCCCUGUAUCUGGGUCCCAUACUGGCCUGCCUCCUGUAAUUGAAGCUUCUACUGCAUUGUAUUAUUUGUUGUCUCUUGUGGAUUCAUCUCUGCAUAGCCAUCUGUUUGAACUUGGGGUUGAACCUCAGUACUUUUCUCUUCGAUGGUUGCGAGUUUUAUUUGGACGAGAAUUUUCACUAGCUAAUCUCUUGGUCAUCUGGGAUGAAAUCUUUGCAUCACAUAAUAGCAGAACAGAAAGAAGUGCGGAUGACAUAACAGACUGUGAGUUCAGGAUCUUAAAUUCCCCUCGCGGGGCAUUUAUCUCAGCUAUGGCAGUGGCAAUGUUGCUUCAUUUAAGAUCUUCGUUACUUGCUACUGAAAACCCUACAAAGUGUCUGCAGAGAUUACUAAACUUCCCUGAAAACAUUAAUAUUGAAAAACUACUAGAGAAGGCUAAAUCCUUGCAGGCUGUUGCACUAAGUGUUGAUAUUUCAUCCUCGUCACUUUUGUUCAUAGGGUCUCAUCACCAGUCGAUGUUUACUAGAUCUGUGACACUUCCCUCGGAAUCUGUGUCUCCAAAAACUCCUCUGAGUUUGUUACCUGAAAGCUAUUGGGAAGAAAAGUGGAGAGUUGUGCAUGAGGCUGAAGAACUCAAGCAAGAUGGUAAUGAAAAGCAGAUUCCCACUCGGAAAAAGGGAUGGACAGAAAAGGUAAAAUUCAGUUUAAGAAGAGCAGAAUCUGACCCUCCUAAGUCAAGGAUUCAGAGUGGGAAAAAGGAAUCCAAGGUUAGGCGCAGUUUGUUAGAAGAUCUUCGUAAGGCACUUGGCUCAGAGGAAGAUGCAGAACAAAUGCAGCAUGAUAAUCUUUCUGAAACAGUUGAAGGACAACGACAAGAUAGUGACUGUAACAGCAACAACAAUUCCUCUUCUUAUGAUAGGUGUCCAAGUGGAAAUUCUGGCAGUGAGGAAGACUUGUCUAUGUUUUCUGACCCUACUACUCCUCCAAAUGGGGCCAAUGAUCAUGAAAUUACCUCAGGGAAAAGCAGUGUUGCAUCUAAUGCACCCCUUGAUGAAUGCAAUGAAGCUUCAGGUACCAGUUCGCCCCUUCCAAUAUCUGAUCCUCCUGAAAACAUGCAUCAGACAUCAGAAUGCAAUAAUAAUGAAGCUGGAAAUUAUGAAUGCAAUGAAACUUCAGAUGCCGGUCUCAAUGAUCAACCUUUUCCAAUCUCUGAUUAUUCUGAGAACAUACCUCUGACAUCAGGGUGCAACAAUGAUGAUGCAGGAAAUUCAGCAGCACCUCCUAAAGAGAAAAAGCAGAAUAAGUUCCAGUGGUUUUGGAUGUUUGGACGGAACACUGUUGAGGUUAUCUCUGAGAAAGUUGGAGAUGCUGCCGAGGCUACAAAAUCUGCCAACAGUUGCACUCAAAAUGACACAGCACAACCUGUUUCAUCUAAAGCUAAUGGGCAUUGUAGUUCUGCUAGUACCAGAGGAGAUUCUGUUGACCAGAAUGUGAUGGGCACUUUGAAGAAUAUUGGGCAAUCUAUGCUUGACCAUAUUCAGGUAAUUGAAUCUGUUUUCCAACAAGACCGUGGCCAGGGGCCCCCAUUGGAGAACAGAUCUAAAAAUGUUCUUGUUGGCAAAGGGCAGGUUACUGCCAUGACAGCUCUCAAGGAGCUUAGGAAAAUUAGCAAUCUUUUGUCUGAGAUGUGAGGUGAAAAUCAAUCAUGUAUGGGCAUGUGUAUAGAUUUUGUAAUUACAAUUCUUUUGUCCCAAUAAAAUUAAGUUCUUCUUCUGCUCUCCCUUGUAUCCCUUCAAAAUUUUGCAGAUUCUCAGAGAGAUGAAUGUGUAAAUAUAUUUUUAUCCGGGUUAUAUAAGUAUAUUAUGGCAAUUGAUAACUC